UAAUGACCCACACCUUAUAAGGUGUGGACCGGCAACGUGAUAAUUGUUCCAAGACAACGCGUCAAAAGUGUUGCUAUAGUGAACGAAAAUCACAUUUAAACAUGUCUAAUGACAUUUCUAAGAAGAAGGGCAAAAGUUCCGGUGAAAAAAGGGCGAAGAGAAGGGUGAAGCGGAAAGAGACAUACGCUAUGUAUAUCUAUAAAGUGUUGAAACAGGUUCACCCGGACACGGGCAUCUCCAGCCGGGCCAUGAGCAUCAUGAACUCCUUCGUCAACGACUUGUUCGAGAGGAUCGCCACGGAGGCCUCCCGCUUGGCGCAGUACAACAAGCGCUCCACCAUCACCAGCCGGGAGGUGCAGACCGCCGUGCGGCUGCUUCUGCCCGGGGAGCUGGCCAAGCACGCCGUGUCCGAGGGCACCAAAGCGGUCACCAAGUACACCAGCUCAAAGUGACGACUCGAUGGGAGAAAAACGCGUUUCCAUUCCCCACCUUGUAUAUUGCAGCCUUGUUGGCUACUAAUAAAGUCGCUUUAAACGUAA